AUGGUGCGCCUCAAGGACCGUUACCUUUUGGUUAAUAUCAUCUAUACCGAUGUGCUCCCCGGGCAGUCUAGGGCAUCGGUGCCGGAUGUCCUGUUAUACAACCAGCCGACAACGGGCGAGCUAAGGCCACAGAUGCUGGUCAAAGCUAUUCGCGGCGAAGUGGCAGCGCUGUUUGGUGACUGUGGUUCUGGUGCCGUGGACCGCAGUUUACAGGUAAAAUACCUCUCUCCCGCGACGUCGACCUUCAUCCUCCGCGUCUCGCGCGCACACUACCGGCUCGUCUGGGCCGCACUGUCAUUCAUGAACCAAGUGCCCGUAAAGAACGGGAGGCCAUGCAUCUUCCGCGUCGUCCGCGUCAGUGGCACCAUGCGCAAGAUCGAAGAGGAGGCCGUCCGUCGCGCCAAGCUGCUCAUACUCGCCGCCAAGGACGAGAUGGCCAGCAAGAAUGGCUCAUCUUCAUCGUCAGCUGACGCGCUUGGCGCGCUUCUGCGGAGCGACUCGCUGGCUUCACGCACUCUCGCUGUGCGCAGCGGUCAAGACGAUUCGGGGCUGGUGUGUGGGUAUGAGGAUAAAGACACGUCUGGCGAUGGGUGA